CGGCGCGAAAUGUCAAAAUUUUAAUUUAACUUCAAUUUUCAGUCAUUAAUAAAGAUAAAUAGAAAGAGAGUUUUUUGUUUUUGUACAAAAAAUACAAAUUAUUUUCUCGUCAUGUUGCGUCAAUUAAAUUUGACACGAGAAAUUUCUCGAUGGAUUUUCAUGCCAUGGCAACGUGGAGCAGCCGGAACUGCUUCUGCGGAACCGCCAGCACUACCCAUCAAUGAUGUCAUAGUCGAUUAUGAUGGUCCAGAUUUGCCCUUGCCAGAAUAUCCUCAAAGACCCAAUGAGCCAUUGGAGAUACGCAAGCAACGAUUGGUGUAUCAGUCUCGAAAGCGCGGAAUGCUGGAGAAUGAUCUGCUAUUGAGCACAUUUGCGGCCAAGUAUCUGAAGAAUUUUAAUGAGGAACAGACCGCCAUCUAUGAUCAGUUAAUCAAUGGUGUAAGCAAUGACUGGGACAUCUAUUAUUGGGCCACAGAUGUGAAAACCACACCAGCAGAAUACAAUACCGAAAUAAUGCAACUUUUAAAGGAGCAUGUCAAGAAUACGGAGCGUGUUCAACGUUUUCGUCAACCAGAUUUGACCUAAAAGUUAUAAAAGAUUAGUAGAAUUAGCCCUUUUGAGUUUGAGUUUUAUCUUCUUUUGCCCUUACCUAAAUGUUGUACACACAAUUUAAUAUAUUAAACAAUACAAGCAAGCUU